UUGUCAUUUAUAACACCUUGAUCUUUUGGGCCCGUAGACAUACGGUGGCAUAAGAUUGUGCAAGAAGGACGUUGGUUCGCAAACAAAAAUGAUAAAAGUGUUGUGUUAUACAAUUAAAACAGCAAAUUCUCCGCUUAGUAUUGCGGCAAGAGGAUUCGCAACAAGCGGCAUUCUGAACGAAAACCACAAAUGUAAACUGUUAGUGGUUGGUGGGGGCGCCGGAGGAUGUUCCGUGGCGGCAAAAGCAUCCAACAAGCUGGGGGCCGGAAAAGUGAUUGUGCUGGAACCGGCUGAUAACCACUAUUAUCAGCCGAUGUUCACCCUAAUCGGCGGUGGCAUUAAAAAGCUGGAGGACAGCUUUCGCCCAAUGAAGAGCGUUCUGCCCGCGCUGGCCACGUGGAUCAAGGAUUCGGCCGCAAAGUUUGAGCCCGAAAGUAACACCGUCCACACCAGUGGUGGUGAUACAAUCGAGUACGAAUAUUUGCUCGUUGCCGUCGGAUUGCAGCUGAAUUACGACAAAAUUCCGGGCCUGCUGGAAGCCCUGUCGAUACCGAACGGGAAGGUGUGCUCGAACUACUCGCCGAAGUAUGUCGACCGUACCUACCAGGCGCUGAAGAACUUCCGCACCGGCAACGCCGUGUUCACCUUCCCGAACAGUCCGGUCAAGUGUCCCGGAGCGCCCCAGAAGGUGCUGUACAUUGCGGAGCACUAUUUACGCAAGUCCAGAAAGCGCAAAAAUGCGCAGCUCCAUUACAACACCUCGCUGCCGGUGCUGUUCGGCGUAAAGCACUAUGCCGAUGCGCUCUGGGAAAUAGUGAAGAAACGGGACAUUAAUGUAAAUCUGCGCACGAACCUAGUCGAGGUGAAACCCGGCACGGAUGAAGCUGUGUUCGAAAAUCUCGACAAGCCGGACGAGCGGUUUACCGUUAAGUACGAGCUGCUGCACGUCACCCCGCCGAUGGGUGCCCCGGAUGUGCUGAAGGCUUGCAAAAGCCUAGUUACCGAGGUGGGCUUCGUAGACGUGAACAAGGAUACGCUGCAGCAUCAGAAAUUCAGCAACGUCUUUGCGAUCGGUGACUGCUCAUCUUCGCCGAAUUCUAAAACAGCAGCGUCCGUCGCCGCCCAGACGCAAGUGGUGUACAAAAAUUUAAUGGCUGUGAUGGAGGGCCGCACACCUAAUCGAGUUUUCGACGGGUACGCGUCCUGCCCGCUGGUCACGGGAUACAACACGUGUAUGCUGGCCGAGUUCGAUUACUCCCUGACGCCCUUGGAAACUUUCCCGCUCGAUCAGCGCAAGGAGCGCUUCACAAUGUACCUCAUGAAGAAGGAUUUCAUGCCCCCGCUCUACUGGCAUCUGCUGCUGAACGGUCUGUGGAAUGGGCCGGGACUGAUGCGAAAGUUGAUGCAUUUCCGGCUGUAAGCGCAACGCGUUGAAUGACCUGUCUGGUACAUUGGUUUAUUUUGCUCUUUGUUGUCCAACUUUUCGAUAUCGAUCGAAUAGGAAUGAAGGGAUGAGAGAUUAUACAUCACGUUAGUAUCGAUCUAACCACUGCAAAUCGAUCUAAUCCACUGGUGAUUGAAUCAAAUGCAAUUAUUUUACAGUCUAUCUUUUAAUGUUUUCCCGAGAUUUAUCGUAAAUGUUUAAACUAGCUUAAAGCUACAUUCUAAAUUGCAUUCAAAAUCAGUUGGUAAAUAAACUAUCAAAUGCAACAUGUGCAAUAUCAAACCUUUAAAAA